UGAUACGGACUCCAGAUACAAGACUACGCGAUCACCUGAUAAAUGCAUCGAAAUGGCCCUCCCUUCUGUUGGAAAUCCUGGAGGUUUUGCGGGUGAUAGAACCCUUUUUGUUGGUGCAAAGGUACCACAGGAGAUCAAAUCUAUGCUGAAACUACUAAAGAGUACAGAUAAAUCAACGUUUAGAGAGCUUCUGAAAGCGUCAGUGUCUUCGUUUGAAGGUGCCAUCAUCGAUGAAGAUUUUAUUCCAAACUUAUCUAAUGAGUGUGGCCAGUCAAGUGAUGCGCUAUCGAUUGUUUACUCUGGGAUCUUGACGCUCCUACGUGCAGCAUACAGACUUCCGCAGACAUCAUUAAAACAAGAGCUCUUCAAAGCUGACCUAUCAGAACUCAAAAUUCCACCAGAAUAUGCUACUGACUUUGCAAGUGCUGUGUAUGGACCAAAGAGAGCAGCCAUUAAUGAUGCGUUAGAGAAGGGCAGAGUAAGAUUCCCCAAGCUUGAUAACUUCAGAUGGAGGGUAGAUGUUGCUAUAUCAACAAGUGCACUGAGUAGGUCAUUAGAACCCACCAUCAUGGCAGAGAUGACCCUGAGCGAUGGAAAAGUACACUCAUUUGAGAUUCCAGUUUCAAAGUUCCAUGAGCUCAGAUACAAUGUAGCAUCAUUGAUGAAGGAGAUGGAAGAUCUUGAAAAGAAGAAUAUCUUAAAGAUUCAGGACUGAAAUGAAAAAUAUAUAUAUUGCAAAGAGACAAUUUUAUAUAUUUCCUCAUGUCAUGAUCAUGUAGAGCAAUUAUUACAGAAGGUCAACGGUUCUCCGAACAAGGUCACCAUUGUACAGAGUCAUCUGUAAUGAUCAGCCAUGAUGCUCUGAGAGUGUGUCUCAAAAGGAGAGUCGUGUCAACUGACUGACUUCAAAGGUCGCUGCUUGA